AUGGCUACUGCUGCUACGGCGAGGUUCAUUCGCGGUCCGCCACCUUCCCCGCCUCAGUCAACUGAUGGAGAUCCCGCCUCCGAUGCUCAUCGGAACUCCUGUGGCAUCCUCCAGCCAGUCUAUGGCCACCAUGACGCCUAUGCAGCCUCUGCGUUACAUGGAACCCAUGCACCUGGCGAGGACUACACUUCUCCCCCAUCGCAGUAUGUCUCUUCCAGUGACUAUCCUCGAGCCCUGUCAAUGCAGAACCCGAUGGCAGCCAAUGGCCUCCAGGUUAACACGCCACCCCCAGCUGCAGACGAGGGCCUGGCACCAGACUCGGUGUCACGCUGGAGUUCUCCUCCAACUCAUAAGCAAGUGACACGGGCAAGGGUAGCCAGAACUCCUAGAGUGCGUCGCAGGAAUAGGACCAGGAAGGAAACCAAAGCCCAUCUCAAUGGCCCUUUGAGCGAGGUCACAAAGCAUCUCACCAAUGUCCCGAUUCGAAACAUGGAACUUGAAGUGAAUCGAUCGAUCGAAAAGCGACAUGAGGAAGUGGUCAAGAAGCACGGAAAGGUUGCCAGACCGAUGAACUCAUUCAUGCUCUAUCGAGCGGCAUACGCGGAACGGAUCAAGAAGAUGCUCGGACAGAACAACCAUCAAGUGGUGUCUGAAGUAGCGGGUGACAGCUGGCGGCUGGAAUCCCGGGAAAUCCGUGAGAAAUACGAACUUAUGGCCAGUAUCGAGAAGAGUAACCACCUGAAAGCGCAUCCUGGGUACAAAUUCUCACCGUCGAAAGACAAGAAGAAACGACCCGGGAGCGAAGAUGAACGACCACUAGCCAACACGCCUGGCUCCAGCCCAGCUGUGUUCCAAAACCGUGCCAUGAGCGCUUCAGAAGUCGGCAGUAGCGGGUGGGACAGCCGCGAAAUAACACCUUUCGACUUUGCCGAUCACGGUCUCUUGCCUUCAGAUGGCUAUCUCCCUUCGUCCUCCUGGCAUGCGACCAACCAUGGGCGAUCGCACUCUGGCAUGCUACCUUCCUCUGAGCCGUCGCAUUACCUGCAACAGACGAUCCAUGCGGCCCUCAUGCCACACGUGGAAGACGUCCGGUUCAAGAAAAAUGGCUUACAUGGAAUCCAAUACGCCACAUCAUCUACACCGCUGGCCGCCCUUCCUGGUGCUGCACAUCAUGAUCUUCUCCAACCGUCCACCUCGAUGCCGAGCGAUGGACAGCUGGAUCCCCAACUGUUGACUUUGCAGACCGAGCUUCAAAGCCCAAGUCAGCUGUUUGGCGGUUCGCACUACAUGUGGCAAGAGUCGCCGAUCCACCUCUACCCCCCUACCACAUCGUCACUAGGCCCCAAUUCAGUUUCUUAUUCCGCGGGAGCCUAUCAUCCGGGUUUGCACUCUCUGGAAACUGAUCCAGCCCUUGAUGGUCCCACUGGCGAGUUUGACACCUGGAUCAACCAGGGCACAGCGUACUAA